UACUGCUGGAUGUAAAGGUCUUAUUUCAUUAAGGCCUGAUGAUGUGUACUCCAUAUUUGGUUGGAAAAACAAUGGAGUGGAUGUUUUUGGGUUUCUUAGUACUGAAGGAGAAAAAGCAACCAAAAAAAUACCAGUUAGUUUUGUUAGCAAGAAAAAUGUACCUAUACUGGGAGAAGGUGCAACCAAUCACCGGUCCAAAAUAUGAUCCGUUGGCAUUGUUGAGCCCGCUGAUGAGGAACUGGACGGAAGAUAUGGCUGUGAGAAGAGACAAAUACGACUACGAAUAUGGUCGUGGUGUUGGGAUGAUUGAUGACAACAUUACAGAGGAGUAUAGGUUGAAAAAAAUUGCGGAAGAAGAAGCUCAAAAAACCAAGAAAGCUAGUAGCAAAAAAUCUAACAUUACUGGAACGAGGAAAGAGGGCAGUACCUCGGAGGCUUCGAGCCAGAAGCCUACUAUGGACCGGAUUUUGAGUGAGAUGAAUGAGCUUCGGAAGGAAAUGCUUCGUUUGCCAGAGUUAUGCGCACAGAGGAUGAUUGAGAAACUGAACAAAACCGGCGUCUCCUACAAACCCAGUAACCUGGAAGAGGACGAAGAGAAUCUGUACGGAGGCAUUAAUGAGUCUUCAAACGAUGUUGGACGUCCGCAAAAAGAGUUUGUAUAUCAAAAAGAUGAUUCAGACCGGUUCCGCACACCUUCCAAAAUGAAUUUGCAAAAGGAUGAUAACGGCGUUGAUGUAACUUCUCGUGAAAACACACCUUUUUACUGCACAUCUGAGUACUGGGAUAGUUUCAAGGGUGAUAUGGAUGAUCCUGUCCAAGUACCAGAAGUAUCAGAUGAAAAAGCUGCCACAUCUUUAGAGACGGACGAAAUCGCAUCGCAUGCGUCAGUUGGUUCUCAAGGAGUACAAGAGGAAGUGGAGGAGGUUACUGGCAGGCGCAAGCGCAGAGGAUCACAACAUGUCAAGUCUCCUUAUGUGGUCCCUAAACCAAACAAACGUGCAAAACGUUCUGCCAAAGGAAAAUUGUUCCAAAAUGGUGAUGUUAACAAAUCUGGUGAUGAGUAUGAUGUGGUGAAAGUUUCCAUCAAGUACGUGUGUGCGCAUGAGCAUUUACAAAAACAUGCCAAAACAGAAAUUUUCAAUGAUGGCAUGGAAGAAGGUCUCACUGUGAGGAGAGCUUGUCAGAUUAUUAACCAUGAGUGGCUAAGUGGCGACGUAAUUGAUGCAUACUCAUCAUUUUUGGUCGACAAAGUUAAUGAUGAUCGUUUCAUGUUAACAACUUGGAGGAUACAUUGGUUGCUUCACGUUAGACCCGGAAAGAAGACCGCCGGUAAUGAUUAUGAAGCAGAGUCGCAUAGUAAUGGACCCGUGAACAGAUGUGAGGACGAGUAUUUCAAAAAAUCAAAGACUUACAUUCCUCUAAACAAGCAAAAUAAUCACUGGAUUACUGUCGUCAUGCAUAGCGGAAAAAGAGAGUUUCAGGUUCUUGACUCGUUGAUGACCGGAAAACUUGACACUGUUACUAGAGAACUCGUUGAGGACCUGAGAAAACAACUAGCAGAAGAUAUCCAAGAAGCAAAUGCAACCGAAAUUGUGAAUUAUCCGGAUGUUUCCAAGUGGCCUAUUCAAACGUAUGACAUGCCAAAACAACAUGAUGGGAAUUCGUGUGGACUAUUUCUCCUUCGAUGCUUUCAAAAUUGGGAUGGUGACAAAUGGACAGGCUUAUUUUCACAGACCUCAAUUGAUGAUUCAAGAGAGUUAAUGAUUGCACAACUUAUAUUUUCGGAAAGAAACAAGCUUGAUGAAGUGAAAAACAAAGUUAUUCGGAUAUCAAAGAAGAAGAAAUAG